CAUUUCUUUAAGGAGGAAAGUAAAGGAAGAAUAACGGGAAGCAUGUGUAUUUCGUUUAUUGUCAAGAAUUCCGUUACAUUCAGAAUAAAAAAUUAAGAAUACAGGUAAGGUCAAGAAAGAAAAUAAUAAAGUAUUUGAAAUAUGGUAAAUCAAAGUAUAAAUAAUCUUAAUUGAGAUUUUUCAACACGCUAUGGUUUGACAUUGGCCAUUUUGUAUAAACGUAUGCGGCACUCUGUUAUGCAAUUAGGCCUAUGUGCUAACACAAUUAAAAACUUGGGAAAUAGGAAGUCCUGAAUCAGUUUCAUCGCUCAAGGGAAAAGCAAAAUGGCCAUUCAUAGCUGUUAUCCUAACAUUGAAAGGUUUCACGGUAGCGACACUAGGGUGGUAGCUUGACAACAAGUGUAAACUUUGAUAUAGGUAAGACAAUUUGAUAUAGGUGUGUUCAUUUUUAGUUGUUCUCAUAGCUGCCCAAGACGUGUUCAUAUUCAACGUGAUACGUUGCCGAAAAUCGCUGAUCUCAAGGUAGACUCAGCAACUUGUUGUUACUAGCAUGGAAUUUAUACUUAUAUCUCUAAUGUUUAUGUUGGCAUUAGUGCAAGGUGCUAUUGUUCCAGGAAACGCAGCCAAAAAGCCAGGGGAAUGCCCUACACUACCAAAUUUAGCCAAUAUCGAAUGCCCGCUGCCUCCGAAUGUCCACAACACGAUCGAAUUCAACAGCUAUCUGAUGACAAUUGCGGGAUGCCUUUUCGAUGGGGACUGCCCUGGUGCAGAGAAGUGUUGUUUCGAUGGCUGCAGAACAACAUGCGCGAAAGCUAAUAUUGUUGAAGUAAUGAAAAAUCAAUCGAGAAGUUGCCCUGAAAUUGAGAAAGCAAAUGGCGAUUGCAAAUACGUAGAUGACUCUGCUGCACUUCGAGAAUGUCAGACGGGCGAUGAUUGCAGCAGUUCUGAGAAUUGCUGUUACGACGGCUGUCGUAAAAUAUGCACAAGCAUUAAAGAGCCGGAGAAAUUAGUCGUAAAAGACGGUGUGUGCCCUCCAGUUGACGAUUCAGAAUGCGCUAGCCUACUUCUAGAGGAAGUGGACAUCCUAGGAGGACGAAUUUUGGAGCAAAUUGAAGGUUGCAGUAUGGACAGAGACUGUAAUGACACAAAAAAAUGCUGUUAUAGCGGAUGCCAACGAAAAUGUAUUGAGCCUUUUGUUGUAGAGAAAGUAGAUCAAAUCAAAUAUAAAGGUGAAAUGGAGGAGAACCACAAGUCAAAGGAUAUAGAGAGUCAAGAAGCAAAGAUCGUUGGAAAGGAACUGAGCACUGGAUCAAAGAUGAAAGCCAAUAGGCUGCUGGAAAAGGAGAGAACUUUUGUUAUGAUCAAGCCAGAUGCAGUGAAAAGAGGACUGAUCUCUGACAUACUAAAAAGAUUUGAAAGAAAAGGAUAUAAAAUGGUCGCAAUUAAAUUAGCAAAGCCAAGCAGAUUGCUGCUUCUUGAGCAUUACAUCCAUCUAAAAGUGAAAUCGAUGCUGGAGGAUAUCCUGGAGUAUGUUGGUUCUGGCCCUGUUGUUGUGAUGAUCUGGCAAGGCACUGGGGUUGUAGACGGGGCUAAAGCAAUACUUGGUGCAAAUGACCCCUUGACAGCAAAACCCGGAACAGUCAGAGGUGAUUUCACUUUGCAAAUUGGUAAAGAUAUUGUCUAUAGCAGUGAAAGUGAAGAAAAAGCUAGCCGUGAAAUUGGACUGUGGUUUGGUAAAGAUGAAUUGGUGGAUUGGUAGUCUUAAGAUUUUGUAAAAAUAUUUGUAAGCAAAACAAUUACAGUAAAAUUCUAGACGGUGUAUUUUGGGAAUGGACAUCAAGUUAAUUGGAAAUACCAUAACAGGAUAAUUCAAAUUCAAGCUUAAUAAUUUAACUGCCAUCUACCAUAUAACGGUACUAAAUUUCAGACUUGUAGUACUAGCAAAAAUAAUCUUUCAUUUAUAGGGCAUGAUUUUGUUUGAUUUAGGCUGCGUCUUGCUAUUUCAGUGAUCGCAUACUCAGACUUUUAGUAAGAACUUGUGCAGAUAGAUUGAUUUCUAACUAGUUUUCGAACUAUGUUCAGACGUUUUAUAGUCUGAAGAGUGUCAGACGAAAAGAUUUAGUAGCAGUUUCAAAAUGUUUGCUUUUUCAAAGCAAUUUUUGUAAUUCUGUACCACGAAAAGAUUGUUUUAAUGAAUUGUUUCUGAAACUAACAUUUGACGAACGAAUGAAUUCGUACAAGCAUAACUUGUUCAACCAGUGUAUUAUCGAACAUAGGCCGAGGACAGCACUACCAGCAAACAAAACUUGGCUUGCUAGCUUACUGUGUAUCUCAAACCUAGCUAGAGUAAUGACAAUCAUUUUUCUAAAUUAGCUGUUGGACGAUUUUCUAAAAUUGAGAGACGUGCAAUCAUAAACCCGUUUUUUGCAAAAGAAUUGUUUUCUUGUGAGUUUCUUAUGAAUAGUGGAAAGAUUUACGAAGUUUGCAAAUUAACAACUGUGACGAAAAGUUCUCUGUCUUAUCCAGAAGUGGACAUUUUAUUAACUUCUCGGUCUAUAAAGUCAAUUUCUAACUUCUGAAUAUCAGAAUAGUUUUGGCUUUGAUUAAACGUAUUAUCAAUACGAUUUUUCACUUCCUGAUUCAAUACAUAUUUUCAAAACUUUCAAUCAUCAGUAUCCAUGCAGUAUACAUACUUUUGUUUGAUUUAGACUUCGUUUUGAAUUAACAUUGAUGAAUUUUUCUGACUUUUAGCAAUGAUAAAGACAACCUUUCAUUUGGUAGAGAUACUCUUGUAUGCAAAAUUUUAUUGAAUUUAGGGUAGCUUCCUAAAACUUCGAUGAUCAAAUUUUCAAACUCUUAUCUGAAAAAUAGAAUCAUAUCACUCGAUAUCAGCUUAAGGCCUAGAUGCUCGAGAUAAGAUCAAAAACCAAUAACAAUAGAAACAGUAAUAUGUAAGCCGAUUAAAUUCUUUUAUACAAAUGUAUCAAUAUUUUGGUCACGAUUUGAUUCUCAGAAUUACUAAAGUUUACCUCAAUCAUUUCCUUGGUUUCUUUCGGCGUUUCCAAAACUCCUAGAAUGAAAAAUAUUGAAUUCAAAAGCACGAGCCCUAAUUUAGUUUUUACCGAUAUCGGUGUAUCUUUUUUCAAUAUAACUUAUUUGAUAAUUUCCAAAAGCGAAUUUUCAUUUUGGUUAUCAUCAGAACAUGUAAGGCUUUUCUUUCCUUUAUUGUUUGCAGCUUAUCAGAUCGUGUGAAUAUUAUUUGUUAUAAAUCAUUGAACUUAGGCCGUCCGCCUUGUUUGCCGGUUAAAGAUCUUUCACUC